AUGAAGAGUGUUGCUGCUCAAAACGGCGUGGUGUUUUCGAUGAUUGUCGUAGUUAUAAUUGGUAUAUUCAUAUUUCUAUCCAGUGGAACCUACUCUUGUUUAUUACAUAAGCAGUUUACAAUAAACGGUAUUGGAGUGACAAAUGGAGAAUCGGUGAACUUACAGAGAACAUUAAAUUAUUCAACACACAUUAAUCACGUCGAAAUUGAAACAUCGAAUGUUUCUACAUCCUCAGAUGAUAAACAGAACGGAUCGCGACCUCUGCACCUUCCUAACACUGCAGAAAAACAUGUGCGUAUAUUAGUAACAGCCAGAAUGCAAACCGGAUCUAAAGCAAUUGCUGAAUAUUUCGGAAGCCGUUCGGAUUUUUUCUAUGCAUACGAACCAGGGCAUAUGAUAAUGUGGUAUGUAUUUAAUACUGGUGUCAAAAACGACAGAGGCUUCCACCUCGGCAAAAUCCAAACGAAGCUCCGCGAUUUCCUACAUGAUAUUUUUCAUUGUAGUUUCGCCAACCAUCCUUACUUCACACAAGCAAUGAACGAACAUGUAUUCCACAAGAUACGCGGGCAUCUAGACUAUCUUCCCAGUCCUAUAACUGAGAAAACACUCACGUCAAUUUGCCUAUCGAAGCAGCACAUCAUAUCGAAGGUUGUCCGACUAACCAAUCUCCUCCCAUUCAUACCCAGGCUGCAAAACGAUAAUGUUAAGGUGUUGUUUUUAGCUCGCGAUCCACGUGGUAUGGUGAGUUCAAGAUAUAGAAUGAUAUACCCGGGUAACGCAGCGUCUGGAAACACGUCUAACAUUGUACGAUUACAACCCAAACUGAAACUGUAUGUAGAAGCUCACUGCAAAUGGCUUGAAGAUAACUAUAACGCCAUAACAACCGGUCCUGUUUGGCUACGAGAAAACUCCAUGUUAGUUCGCUUUGAAGACAUGGCUAUGCAUCCAGAUAUAGUCGUACCCAUUAUGUAUAAAUUUGUUGGGUUGAAGGACAAAAAACCUGCGGAUGGAUAUACUGAAUAUAGUAAUUCGGUUUUCAAAUGGCGCGAUCGUUUCACUUUUAGAGAAGUUGAGAUUAUUCAAAAUGUAUGCUCCGAUCGCGUAUACAACAUCUUCGGAUGGGAAAAAGUUCGCAACCAGCGGGAAUUCGAGGAUAAGAGCCGAACAUUUGUACUUCCAAUGCCAAAAAUAUUAACGUGA